AUGACAUCCGUUUCAAAACCUUCUGAAUUUAUUCCUGGUGGUUAUCCAUCAACACCAGAUCAAGAUAAAAAUAAUCAAUCUUCCCCGUUUGAUUCUCAACCUAAAAAUGAUGAGAGCAUUCUAACAAAAGUAACAAACAUGGGCUCAUCCGCUUUUGGUAGUGUUGUUGGAUCAAGUGAUAAAACCUCGAAUGAUCAAACCAAUACUUCAUCAAACCAACACGAUGAGAGCAUUCUAACAAAAGUAACAAACAUGGGCUCAUCCGCUUUGGGUAGUGUUGUUGGAUCAAAUCCUUCCGGUGAUACAACCGCGAAAGACCAUCAUAGUCCUUCAUCGAACCAACCUAAUCUUUCAUCGACUCAUACGGAAUCCCAAACUAAUCCUAACAAGAAUGAUGAGAGCAUUUUAACAAAAGUAACAAACAUGGGUUCAUCCGCUUUGGGUAGUGUUGUUGGGUCAAAUCCUUCCGGUGAUACAACCGCGAAAGACCAAACCAGUCCUUCAUCGAAACAACCUAAUCUUACAGAAUCCCAAUCUAAUACUAACCGUAAUGAUGAGAGCAUUCUAACAAAAGUAACAAAUAAGGGCUCAUCUGCUUUGGGUAGUGUUGUUGGAUCAACUCCUUCUGGUGAUAGAUCCACUGAAGAUCAACAUAAUCAACAUGGUCCUAACCAUAAUGAUGAAAGCAUUCUAACAAAAGUAACAAAUAUGGGCUCAUCCGCUUUGGGUAGUGUUGUUGGCUCAAACCCUUCCGGUGAUACAGCCGCGAAAGACCAACCUAAUCCUAAACAUAACGAUGAGAGCAUCCUAACAAAAGUUACAAACAUGGGCUCAUCCGCAUUGGGUAGUGUUGUUGGCUCAAAUCAGUCUGAUGAUAAAGCUGCGAAAGGCCAACAUAGAUCUCCAUCGGACCAUACUGAAUCUCAAUCUAAUCCUAACCGUAAUGAUGAGAACAUUAUAACAAAAGCAAAAAAUAUGGGCUCAUCUGCUUUGGGUAGUGUUGUUGGCUCAUCUGGUGAUAGAUCCACGGAAGGACAACAUAGUCCUUCACAGAAUCAACCAAACCUUUCAUCGCCCCGUAAUGUAUCUCAAACUAGUCCUAAUGAUGAGAGCUUUUUAACAAAAGUAUCAAAUAUAGGUUCAUCCGCUUUAGGUAGUGUUAUUGGCUCAAAUCCUUUUGGUGAUAAACCCCAUGAAGCAAAUCAAGCUAAAAUAUCUGAGUCAGGCUCGUCUGCUUUAGGUGGAGUUGGCACAAAUCCUAUUGGUGAUACUACCCCACAAGAAAAAUCAGACUCACCUUCUAACCCAUUUUCUGAAAAACCUCAAGGAGAAGUUGACACGUCUCAUACUCUUAAACCUGGUGAUCUAAACGAAUCGUCAAAUCACGGUGUCGCUCUUCCAAACGCAAUUUUACCUGAAACGCGUACCAAAUCUCAUAAAACAUUUGAUUUAACUGGUGACUAUAAUAAACAGAAAGAGAACGAACAAAGGGCCGAUUCAAAAGUCGAACAUGACUACAAACGUGAACAAGACAAGGAACACGAAUCAACAGAUUUCGGUGUUAAACCGCUGAAUAAGCAACCACCUUUACCUUAUAAACCAACAACUGACGAAAUCAGUCCAAAAGGUCAUGCAACUUCUCAUGUCCCUUCCAAAGAUCAUCCAACUCCUCAUGUCCCUUCCAAAGAUCAUGCAACUCCUCAUGUCCCUUCCAAAGAUCAUCCAACUCCCAAUGUUCCUCCCAAAGAUCAUGCAUCUCCUCAUGUACCUCCAAUCAAUCGUUCUGUUGAUGAACGUCACCAAGCUGAUGAAACAAAUGAUGAUCUUGAAGGCCAUAAAAUAACUAGAAAAGAUAAAGUCAAUGCUACUAUUGAUAAAGCUGUUGGAACUUUGAAACAAAAAUUGGGUAAACUGGUUAAAAAUGAUCAAAUGAUCGCAAAAGGCGCAGAUAAAAAAUCUGAGGCAGACAAGAUAAAGGAAAUUGCAGAGAUUCAAAAGCAAGCUAAUGAAUUUUAA